AACAUUCAACAGCUGUUCUCCGUUCUUAACCCAAAACAGCUCGAUCAACGUCUCGGAGACCGACUGGUUCAUUUUUUUAAAGUGUUGUGAAGUGUAAAAUGUAAUUUGUGUUCGUUGCAAAAUGUUAGAUAAAUGUAGCAAAAUGUCAAAUCAAUCGGAUCAAUUCUACGAGGGCUGUGGCCGCGAGGGUCCGAUUCGGUGCAUUCUGCUCAGCGAGUUCCAUGCUGUCGCAGGUUCGAAAAUCAGCUGCCAGGUGCCGGACGGUUACAUUUCCAAGGAGGUGUUCGACUCGAUUCGUUUCUUCAUCAUUCCGAAGCCCCAGCUGCAGCGGUGCACUCUGACGGUCAACGCACUCGGCCACAAAGUGAUUGGUUAUCCCGUCCGAAUCGACCACCAGCGCUACCCACGGAAUGCGUUCUACUUUAAUCUCUGCUUCGUGUGCGACAGUUGGGCACAAACCGUGCAAUACGAGGCCGCGGUGAAGAAGCUUUCCGAAUAUAUGCUGAUGAUGGAGGAAGAAACGGGGUUCCUCUCGAAUUCGAGCAAUAACACACGCAUUCAGAACCUACUGACCUGCAUUUUACAUGACCUCAAUGGGAAGCAAGUGGCGACGAUUGUCGAGGGGGAGACAACCAUUUAUCUGAAGAUAACCAAGCUGAAGCCGGAUCCGUCGCUUGUGCAGGAUCACCAGGUGCCACUGAUUUGCAAAGGAUUCGAAAACAUUUCGCUGGAAUCGUGGGAUCUAACCACGCAGCAGGUGGUGCCGUUUAUCAACGGGGUAAAUCAUGUGGCUCGAAUCGCCGCCGAAGCGGAUGUCGAGAAUCAACUGGUCAAAUCUUGCAUCCAAAAUUUGGUCUACUACGGAGUCGUUCAGCUGUAUCCGUUGCUGAAGUACAGCAACGUUUACAUGUGCACCCGAAAUCUGCAAAAUCUCAGCAAGGACCGCUCAUUUGCCGAGGACUGUCGGCGCGGUGUCCAACUUCAGGGCGAAAAGGAGCCUCCGCGUAAGUUACCCUCGCUGCACAAGAUUCUGCUGAUGUACUCGCAGAUGACGCAUGGAGUCACGCUGCGGGCGCUCUGUCAGAGACUCUGCCCACGGGAACAUGGGAUUGACGAGAGGAAGUUGGUCACUUUCGGGCUUCAGCACUCGCUGAUACGCUGCAUCAACAAGUAUCCGAUUUUCACCGGAUCGUAUCCGAGCGCGAGGCACAAACUGUACACCGGGCUGAACAGUUUGGACGAGAUUUGCUGCGAGACGGGGCUGCCUCCGAGCCGGAUCGAGGAGGACAUCGAUGUGGACUCGAAUGUGACCGUCAUCUGGAAGUGAGAACGGGGCGCGCGCGUCCCAUUGAAUAAGAGAGUUUUGUAAUAUAUGUGGUAACUGUUUUUGUGUGUGUGUGUGUGUGUGUGUGUGUGUGUGAAAUGUCUCGAUCCGGUUUGAAGAAUCUGCAUGUCUCACUAAGCUAUUGUAGCCGGGCUUAAAAUAUUGAAACGAAUUAGGAAUUUGAAAAUUUUCUUUAACUUUUGUCUCCUUCUUAUUGUUUAGGUGGAUCACCCGAUAACUAAAGCAAAGAGAAGCGAAUAUGAUCCCCAAAAAAUAUAUCUAGCGGAACAAUUCUAAUCCCCAAUUGGGUGUGGCAAAGGCUUGAUAAGUUUUUUUUCUACUGUAGAAUUCAGGGCGCUAUUAUACAAAUGAAAGGCUUCCAUUUCUCAUAUAAUACUAGAAAUAGCAAUGAAAUUCGAAUGUAUGCUAAUGAAAAAACUUCUAAAUUUCUCUUGUACGAGACAAAAGUCCACAUCAACCUGUCAUUGUAAGAUGAAGGACUCUGUAAUGUUUCAACAACAGAAAUCAACUGGGUAUUUAUUCAAAACUGUCCAAUACUUCAGUGAUCUUUUAAUAAAUUCUAGGAAAAAUAUGAAUCAUGUAAGUAAUACAAUUGACCAUAAACUAUAUAUUUUUGUUAUCAGUAUAAAUAAAAAUGGAAUGCCAAAUGUGUUGAUAAGCGCAAAGCCAGAGGAAUAUUUCAAAUAUUUUCGAUGGUACAGAUUUUUUGCCCGAGGAAUCAUCCAAUUUGAGCGGUCUUUAUUUUGUUUUGUUCGUUCCUGCCCGUAGAGAAAAAAAAUAAAAUUUAUGGAAAACUUUGGGGGAAAAUUCGAAUAAAAAAAAAUUAUAGGAGGUUGUGCUCAAGACGCGACCGCAUUGUUGACGUAGAACUACACUGUAGUUUAAUUCAAGUCGCUUGUUUAUAGCUGCGGAUAUUAUUUUAUAAUUGAAAUAACCAGUUUGUUUCGCGCUGAAAUGUUUUUUUCAAUUGUUGAAUCAUUUGAUGAUAAUUGUUUGAUGAUUAAAUCUUGUGCUCGCAGAAUAAUACAUGCUCGAGAUAAGCGUAGCUGUCAUCCACAGUGGAGAAAGUUUUGCUAAUGGCAAACCAAACCUAAACACAUACAAAAUUCCAGAACUACAUUUACUUUCUUGAUGAUUAAAUAAGCGAAAUAAACUCUAUCUGCACUCGAACCCAAACAAAUUAAUGACUUAUUAUAACUUAUUGAAUAACUUGGUAUUCGCCAAAUAAUUUUCUGGUGCACAACCUUAACACCUGCUUCACCAUAGCGUCAGUUCAAUGCAUUGAUGCAAUAUCAAAGGCACCAACGAAGCCUUUAUGAUGACAGAAAACAAACAAUGUUAUCUGCUCGGAAAAAGGCUGAAUAUUUGUCUCAGCAGAGAUUCAUUGCUAAUACCCUAGCGUAAAUAUUUCCCUCCCACUAUCUUCCCUCCUUGUUUAUAUUUAUCAUUACAAAUUGGGUUUCAGCGUAGCGAAGAUGCACUAUUUCUUGCAUACGGGUUAUGAAGCACGCACGUACGCACACAAAUGUCCAUAUAUCGAUGGCUUGAAGCAACUAAAUAUACACACACUUAUCGCUGUUUUGCGCUCUCCUCAACAGAAGCCCUUUCUAUUAAUAUUGCCAGCCUAGAUUAGCUUAGCUGCCAUCCUUUGUGGAGGGAGUUUUCCUACCGUCAUGCGAAACCAAAUCACUAACAAAAUUCCAGAGCAUUUAUUUUUGACGUAGGACUACGUCUUUCAUUUCUAUACCGGGGUGUAAAAUCAAGGCUUCUAAAACGAAAGCGUUACGCCGGAGACCGAGAUUUUGAGCGUUAAUAGCUCCUAAACAACUGAACGAAUUGGUAUGAUAAACACUUCAUUCGAAAGAUAAAAUGUCUACGCGUUCUAAACUUGUUACUUUUUGAUCCAAAAACUUGUUUCAAUAGUCUUAAAAUUGCCUUCAAAACAGGCUAUUGAAAUCACCAAUCGGUAUAUAAGCGAGCGGCGCUCGGAAAUCCACUCAGUUCUAAUUGAACAGCGAUUGGAGCAUGUUGUCGCUGUUGUGGUGAAGCUCUUUGUUUAUCAUGAAAGCGCGGAUGAACGGUGUCACCAAGAGCCUGUUUGUGCACCUUAGGCCAUCAGGAGGAGAGUGAUGCCAUAAACGGUUCCCCGGGAAGAGAUCGGAGCAGCCGCCACACACACACAUACACGCGUGGAACUCUUCGUUUGGAUGCCAUUCAGCAUCGAGAAAAAUCCGGAAAGAUUCAAUUGUUGCUGAAAAAUAAUCUGCCAGUUCCCCUGGGAAUUGAAAAAUACAUUCAUGUGAAAGAGUUUAUUUGAAUGUUUUCUAUCCAUGUAACACUGCGACCAAAUAUUUUUCAAUUAAGUGCUAUUAACAAGUGGUUGGCCUAUCACUGUUCGUUAGAUGCGCUACUCUUUCGUUUCAAUCUUGCCAGCAACAAUCUCUGCGUCUGUGAUCAAGGUUAUCACGACAUCGAGCAUGUUGUUUGGUCGUGCGAGGUGUAUCUUGUCGCCAGAUCGAAUUUAGAAAACUUCCUUCGGGCCCGAGGAAGACAGCCCAAUGUGCCGGUGAGAGAUGUGUUGGCUCGGUUAGAUCUUGAUUACAUGACCCAAAUAUAUGUUUUCCUUAAAGCUAUCGAUCUUCGUGUGUGAUUGUCCCUAUGUCUUUAUACCCUCCUUUUCAUCCAUUGCGAGCGAUUGCCCCCCUUGGUAUAAACAGUAAAAUAAGUUGAAAUGUAAAUAUACAAUAGAUAUAGGAAUAGAUUUAAGAAUUGAGUGUGAUCAUCAACAUUGUAACAAUUCCCUUAUAUCCCAUCCCUUUCCUGAAAGAAUGUCACCCUUCUAAACUCGAGUAAACCGCGAGUAAUCGGUUUUCCAUCUUACUAACCAUAGUGUUAGGAAAAUUGUAUAUAUAUAGUUUAAAAAAAUAUAUUUAAGAAUUCGGCUCCUUUAAACUAAUGUAACUGAGCCUGUAAAAAUAAACGAUUUAUAAAAAAAAACAGCUGGUUAUCGAGUUAGCAUUAACCAUUGGUGGGCUUCGAGUAUCGAGGAAAAUCUGGAAAGAACUAAUCGUUACUGAAAA